AUUGCAUUUCGUAAGCGAUUAUUGAGUUAUGAAAACACAACACAUAUAUAAACACACGCUUUGGUUGUAUCACUAAAUCCAGUGUUAAUCACAAUUAAUACCACUUUUUUGGUCGCUAUUUAAACACACGUUAAGUCUCUGAGAGAGCGAUGCUUUCAAAACAUGUACUCAACUGUGGUUUCAGUCAAUGGUAUUCACUCUUUGCCGACAUCUCUAUUGACAGCAAAUCAAUGAAACUGAGCGACGAUUUCAUACAAUACCUGUUAAGCGAUGGCAUUGUUUUGCCCAAAAGCGGAUCCGAUGGCAACGACGACGAGAUCAUUGAAGACCACGACUGGGGCGACGAUAACGACCAUCAAAACGGUUUCCCACGACUGCCAGACGGCGGCGGCGAUGAUAGCGAUGGCCAGUCAUCCGGAGCGGAGGCGGCGGCGCCGGAGUUCCCCGAAAUGGACGCCUUUAUGCGCUCGGCGUUGGACUCGUUGGGAGCGGUGUUCCCGAAGUUGAACUGGAGUUCAUGUGAGGACAGCAGUUGGAUGAGCGCCACCGGCACUCGAUGUCUCACACCCGAUGACGUCUACCUAUUGCUCAAGAGCUCCGACCGUAUUGUUCACGACUUGACACAACCGUUUAAGGACUGUACGGAUGAGACGCCGCCCGUAGAGCACGAACUGGUGCUCAAGAAGUGGGUCGAUAUGAACCCGUCGAUGGAGUUCCGGUGCUUUGUGGCCAAUAAUCAACUCAUAGGUAUUACCCAACGGGACGUCCGGUCGUAUUACGAGCACAUCGGGCACCAGAAGGAGGACAUCAUUGGCGACAUUCACCGCCUGUUUGUCACACGAAUCCAGAAUCAGUUCCCCGACAGAGACUGUAAACCUAUUCAUGUUUUUACCGCUUUUUAAUCACUUAAUAACGCAUUCAAUUCACAACUCAGUCGUUAUGGAUGUCUACCGACCGACGAGAGGACGGGUAGUGUUGGUCGACAUGAAUCCGUUCGGCGCGACCACUGAUUCGUUGCUUUUCGAUUGGGAAGAACUGUACACCAGACGGCUCGACAUCAUUACCACCGAUGACGAGACACCGAUUGUACCUGAGUUUCGGUUCCUGACCAGCGGUGCCGGAGUUCAGCCGCAGAGGUAUUCCAUGAACUCAUUGCCCAUCGAAGCCCUUAACGGCUAUAGUUUGGAUCAAUUCAUGGAUGGCUUUCAUAUCGACAGAUGAUAAUCAUUGAGUUAUUCAUUCAAUUUGUAAUCAAAAACACAUUUUAAUCACUUUUUAAUUAAACACAAAAUCUUUUGGUAAUUAUUUUUAUUCAAAUUUUAUUUUUAUUUAACGAUUAAUUCAAUACAAGCCGUGAGUUCUGAC